CAAUUCAUCAACGCUAUGUGUUUGAACCCAGGGGUCCUGCGUGCAGUGGUUGAAGCAACUAAAUCUGGAGGCUCUGUUCUCAGCCUGUGUGAGAAGGGGGAUGCCAUGAUCAUGGAAGAGACUGGCAAAAUCUUCAAGAAGGAGAAAGAAAUGAAAAAAGGUAUUGCCUUCCCGACGAGUAUAUCGGUUAAUAACUGUGUCUGUCACUUCUCCCCCUUGAAGAGUGACCAGGAUUAUAUCCUCAAAGACGGAGACUUGGUCAAGAUUGACCUGGGAGUCCAUGUGGAUGGUUUCAUAGCGAAUGUAGCGCACAGUUUUAUCGUCAAUGCAGCAAAGGAAACCCCAGUGACGGGUCGUAAAGCUGAUGUCGUCAAGGCGGCUCACCUCUGUGCUGAAGCUGCCCUGCGCUUGGUAAAACCCGGAAACCAGAACACACAAGUGACAGACGCCUGGAACAAAAUAUCCCACUCGUUUAACUGCACGCCGAUUGAAGGGAUGUUGUCACAUCAACUGAAACAGCACGUGAUCGAUGGAGAGAAAACUAUCAUCCAAAACCCUACAGACCAGCAAAAGAAGGACCAUGAAAAAGCUGAGUUUGAGGUUCAUGAAGUUUACGCCAUUGACGUUCUUGUCAGCACUGGAGAAGGGAAGGCCAAGGAUGCUGGCCAGAGAACUACCAUUUACAAAAGGGACCCCUCCAAGCAGUACGGCUUGAAAAUGAAAACCUCCCGUGCCUUUUUCAGUGAGGUGGAGAGGCGCUUUGACACUAUGCCAUUUACGCUCAGGGCAUUUGAGGAUGAGAAGAAGGCCAGGAUGGGGGUAGUGGAAUGCGCCAAACACGAGCUGCUCCAGCCUUUCAAUGUCCUCUAUGAAAAGGAAGGCGAAUUCGUUGCCCAGUUCAAAUUUACAGUGCUUUUGAUGCCCAACGGUCCCAUGAGGAUAACCUGCGGCCCCUUCGAGCCGGAGCUCUUCAAAUCCGAGUUUGAGGUUCAGGAUGCAGAACUGAAGGCACUGCUACAAAGCUCCGCCAGCCGGAAAACCCAGAAAAAGAAGAAAAAGAAGGCAUCUAAGAACGCCGAGAAUGCCACCACGGGGGAAACAGCAGAAGAGAACGAAGCUGGCGACUGAACGGCUCCGGCUCCCCUCAUGUAGCACCCAAGUCUCUCGCGCACACCCCCAAAAAUGAGAAACAAAAAAGUAGUGCUGUCUGUCUCUUUACAUCCCCAGUGACAGACAGCCUGGCCUUCCCACUGACAACAGCCAGCUCCAAUUGACUCUGCUCUGAGGGAGGAUUCACUUGGCAACUUCAGACUGCUUUUAAACAACCAAAAUAACAAACCCAGGAGUAAAAACUAGUCUAUCCCCCACACUUUCUAACCUUUUUGCUACUCCUUGUGCUUGUUGACGAGGUGAGUGCCAGCUCUGCUGUGAGAGGGGGAAUGUAGACAGGUCUUCCUUCUUUCCUCUCCAUCCCCUUUCUCAUUUCUCUCCUGAAAGAUUUUCUGAUCCCUCUUGGGAGGGAGGAAAAAAUCUUCGGUCGCAUCUGACAACUAACUGAUUAAGCCUGCGAAGCACCAUGCGUUUAGGGAGUCGGUACGCAUGGAUGGUAGUACACCUGCUUCCCAUCACUGUCCCAGCAACCCCUGCCCACAAGGACACUUCUCCUUUAAACGGCUACCUUGCUAUGGAAGUUUUCACUUUUUUUAGCCUGUAUAUUUAAAAUUGGGAAAUUCAUAUCAAAUUUUAUGCCCCCUACUGAGUUUUGCUUAUGUUGGUUUAUGUCUAAACUCUAUUUUUAAUACACAGGUGUGAUAAGCUUGUUUUUAAUUGAGUCGUAAUUUUGUCAGGAAGGAAGGACCCUAUUCGAGCCAUGCUUCCCACUAACCCGUUGCAAACUCCUCCGAAGGGCAAGAGGUGUCUGGGGAGCAUCCGCCAGCUAUUGUUUAGUACUUUGCCAGCAUUUUUAACUUCCCAGUGUCCCAAGGCAGUUCAGCAUGCUUUUCUCCCCCACCACCUAUGGCUGGCUUCUGCACACCAAUCCAGCUGCCACUGCUUAUGUCGUGUAUAGCUGGCUUUUUCAGAAGAAUGCCCCCUCUCAUCCCCACACACCGUUCUGUGCCAUUAAAGAAUUUGGGAACUAUUGCAGAAGUAGAGCAGACUCCAAUCUGGGAAUCUUUUCUAUAAUGUCUUUUUUUUUUUUUUUUUUAAAGCUGUCCGGUUGAAUUGUACGGCUGAGUGGGGGUUUUGUUAUCCAGCCAGGUCUCUAAGCACUUACUGUAGCUGGCUUGGAAGGCAGCCUGCCUGUUAAACCAUACUCUUUCUGAUGAGCGCACCUGUGCUUUUCUGCAGGUCAAGCGCUUCCUUGGCAGUAUUUGAGUUUGAAAAUUUAAAUGAGGAAAAAAAGAACCUUGCAAAUGCUACCAAAGUUUAAGUUAAUAAAAGGAAAUAAACAAGAUUUUUUUUUCCGAAUGAUUUUUCCAUCUGUCUGCAAACUGCUCCUCUUUCUAAACUCUGUUCAGCUCUUGUAGGGGGUUGGGUAGUAGAGAUGCUGUGGGCUAAUGGAUGCAGGGUAGCUGCCAUCACACGCUGAAGUGGCGGUGGGACAUGCCUAUCCAAGACUUUGAAAUUGCUGGUGGCUUAGGUUACGCUGCUCCCAAAUGUUAACCACGAGCUUAAGGGAAAAUAAAGAUGCCUUGUUCCUGAAGAGGAACAUUUUAGCAUUUAUAAGCAAUACACUGUCUAUUGCCUUUGGUAAAGGAAGGGCAGGGCUAAUCUUUCGCAUUCACAAUACCGAUUUGUAAACCACUAAGACUUGUUGGAGGUUUAUUUAAUUUUCUAUUUUUACUUUGAAAUAACAUUGGAAAAAAUGUACGUCUCGAGACAAGAACAAUAAUUCCGGUUGUGAAAAGUUUUGAAACAAAAUUCCCAAGAAAUAUUCUGUAACUGAUUUUUUUUCCAAAUAAAAUUGACUAGUGACACUGCUGUUUGGACAGAA